AAAGAGAAACAAGCAAUAUUAUAAUAAUAAUAAUAAUAUUAUUUUAUUACUAGACUCUUGCGAUAAAGAGUUUUGGACAUGUAUAAGCAGUUUUGUAAUACUAAUUAUUUAUGCAGUUCUUCUGUUUCUGUCUGUCUGUCUGUCCAUGAUGCAUCUAAUAAAUUCCCUGAGGUGAUAAAGAUGAUCACACUGCAAAAACUAUUUUGUAUUCUUUUGCAUAACUGUUGGUGAAGUUAGCAAUCCCGAUUGCUAAGCUAGGAAGCUAGGCUUUUCCUCUUCUUUGAAACUUGAAUGCCCUUAUAUAGACUUGAAACAAGCGUUGUCGUUCUUAUAAAAAAAUACAAACAUUUUAUCCAAUAAUUAUUAUUUUAAGUGCGUACUAUGAUAGAUAAUUGAGGAUUUCAUGAUUUUUCAGUUUUAACACUGUUUUGCAUGUAAAAUAUUGAAUUAUUAAUUACUAAAAGAAUGUUGCAAAAUGAUGUAAUGUAAGAAGCAUAACGGCAAGUAAAAGAAAAACAAUACCAGAAUAAAGUAAUACCAGAAUAAGAAAAACAAUUAAAGGCAUCGUGGAAGUUUAGUUGUGGGUGCAGGAAGCAGCCUGAACUGUCUAAAGGACUUCAACCCAGCCCAGCCCAUUAAGAGCGAAUUGGGCACACAAAGCGGUCCGAGUGGGCCCGAAAAGUCCGUGUGAAACUGGGAUACCGAUCUCAGCUCAGUUUUUCUUAGCGUGGUGAAGGAAGAGAAAUAGAACAGCGAGAGAAAAAGAGAAAGGUAACCUAGACCUAGAUUGGUGAAUCGAAGUGAGGUGCAUCUGCAAACUCAAUCGCCAUGGAAACUGUUGCUAGAAGAAGAGGUGGAGGAAUUUUCGAAAGCCUUUACAAGGUUGUUAUGCGUCGCAAUUCUGUCUAUGUUACCUUUGUCAUCGCUGGCGCCUUCCUCGGAGAACGGGCUGUUGAUUAUGGAAUCCACAAGCUCUGGGAGGCUAAUAAUGUUGGGAAACGAUAUGAAGACAUUCCUGUGCUAGGGCAAAAGCUGUCAGAAGAAUGACCAAUUUGUUAGCUUUUUUCUAGUUUUAUUAUAUUCUUGAAAUUUGAAGUGAACAUUAAGAGCUGGAAGCCGUUUCCAUUUUUACAAUAAAUACCUUAUGCUUGUAUCUUUCAGGCUUUAACUCUAAUGCGUGGUUUCAUUUUCUGGCCUUUGAACCAUCGCAGAAUUCUGUAUUUUUUUGAAACCAUUUAUCUGGAAGCAUUGGUUAUGAAAA